CCGUAGUUCCGUACUCUGUGUCUCUGUGUCUGUUCUUUAUUGUACUAUUUGCACUGUUGAAGUAGUACGCUCCACACACACACAUACAAAACCUUUGACGUUCGGGCUGCAGUAGUGCAGUGUAGUGUGUACUAUACUCUGAAUGUGUAGUGUGUACUUUUUACCUAUUGUAUUAUAUAUACCUAUUGUUCACUAAUGCGAUACAAAAGUACGGGACACAGCCACACAGGUUUUAGAAUUUUAGAUUUAAGUAGUYUUGAUUGCUAAUACUUUUGACGUUAACAAAAUGUUAAUGUAUGUGUGUGUAUAAUACGGCAUCCUAUCACCGUUAGGUUUUGUGGUCAUUUUUUGGUAUGAAAACAAAAAUGAAGCAGAAUUACAUGUUAGAGUUAUUUUAACAUGACGAACAAAUAACAACGAUUAAAUAGCUUUAAGAAGAAAAAAAUAGAAAGUGCUUUCAUCAAUAAUUAUCAAAAUACGCCGUAUGUACAGGAACACUGAUUGUUUCUGAUUAGAAAAAAAAAACAAAUAAGACGUCCAGUGUUGAGUUUUUUUGCUCUCCAUUUUGCAUCCUUCUAAGUCAUGGCGAAAGGCAAAAAUAAGAAACGUAACCGGCAAAGUUCUAAUGCUCCUGUUCCACUUAAUGCUGGCGAUUCGUCAGAUUCUGGAGAAUUAAAAAGUCAACCAACAAAUAUUCUUAAACAUCCUUGCACUCAUGUCAAAAAAGCAGUCAACGUAAACAAUGUAAACAAAUGUUUACAAAAGGUUGUUUCACAGUGUUCUGAAUGUAAAAACAAUAACUUAGAAGAGCUGUACAUUUGUGUACAGUGUGGAUCAUUUCAUUGUUCUAAUCUAGACAUCAAUCAUAUCCUUAAACAUCAGAAUACUCCAAGAAGUGAUUCUCAUUCCAUUGCUGUUAACAUUGGAAAUUUGAUAAUUAUAUGCAACGAUUGUAAAAAAGAAAUAUCGGAAACUAGCUCAAAAAAAUUACAAGUCAUAAUAAAUUCUAUYAAUCAUAUGAAACAAGUGCAAAAAGGUAAAAAUAAAAUGAAUGAUCUUCCAAUUCAAGGUUGUUCUACUGAGGCAGAUGCCCAAUGUGAUAAACUGAUUUCUGAAAAUUCUCCAAAAAAAUGUAAUGGAGUAAAUAAAUCUGAUGAUGAUGCUCCAUCAUUCAAAAAAACAUUUGAACUUUCUGAGAGUAUUAGUAACAAUGUUGAACGAUGUAAAAGACCUAGAGGAUUAACCAAUUUAGGAAAUACAUGCUUUUACAAUUCAGUUUUGCAAUGUCUUGCACAAACUCCAUUUUUAAGAAAGUUUUUGCUUGACAUAAGUGAGUCUGGUGAACCAAUGACCAUAAAAUUAGAUAAUGAAGAUAUUACGGUGCAUCAGGAAAAAUGGAGUUCAUUAACUGAAAACCUGUACACUACUCUACAAGAAAUAACAAAUGAACGUGAAUCAACAUUUACACCUAGUGCACUUCUAGAUUCGUUAAGAAAAAAAUGCAAAAUGUUUAUUGGGUACAGUCAACAUGAUUCUCAUGAACUUUUGCGUCAUCUUUUAGACUCAGUGCGUGAUGAUGACUUGAAGCGUUAUAAAAAGACAAUUGUGCAUCAUUAUGGUUUAUCAAUGAAAGUUGAACCAAGUGAAGUGGAUGAAAAUAAAACUGCAAAAAUUAAAGAACUUGGCAAAAAAUUACAAGAUGUUCUUUUACGUCCUGAUCAUGUAUUCAAAGGAGAACUUUUAAGUGUAGUUCAAUGUCAAACCUGUGGUUAUAAAUCAGAAGUAACAGAAAGUUUCUUGGACUUAAGUUUACCAAUCACAGUUGAUAAGACUCAYCCAUUAUCGUUCCCUCGUAAAAAAGAUAAUGAUGUUUUCAGUCAAUCUAAGCAUCAAACAAAAAAAGAACGUAAAUUCGCUUUGAAACAAGGAAGGAGAAAGAAACAUUUUUUAUUAUUAAUUUAAGCUGUGAAUAAUGAUGCAGACAUAGAAGACAAUAUGGAAAUUGAAACAAAUGAAAUAGAAAUGACCAUUUGGAAGAAUGAAAACAAAGAAAAUCCAGAAUCUGGUUAUGGUUCAGAAAAGCAACCAUCUAAUGUUACAAGUCCAUCUCUAAGUAUCACAGAACUUACUACAUUGAUGAAUAACACUCCAUUAGCUGAUCCUGACAGACAAAUGGAUGCUGAUCAAAUUUUGGAUUCUGAUAAACCCAUGGAUUUGGAUUCUGUAAUACCUGGUAGUCCUGCUAAUAGUCCAAGUUCACCUCAAGGGUCAUCACUUGAUUCCAUGCGUGCCAAUGUCAGUCCAGAUUACAUGGAUGUUGGCACUGAUAGUGCAAAUGAAAAUCCGGAACGUAACAAUCCUACACCAAAUGUUAGUGAUAACAACAGUGAUGGGCUGUUUGAUGAUUCAAAAAGUGAAGAAGAUAUAGAAGAUGAAGAAGAAGGUGAAUUUUCCCAAGAAUGUCCACAAGCAACAUUGCAACCACAACCAAAAUGUAAAGAUAGUGAAUGCUCAGUUUUGACUUGUCUUAAUCAAUUCACUGCCUCUGAAAUAAUGACUGGUAAUAAUAAAGUKUCAUGUGAAAGGUGCACUGAACAACACAAAAAAAAAACAAACGAAGAUAAGACAAUUUAUCGUCAAAGUACCAAACAAAUGUUAAUUAGUUCUCCUCCGGCUAUUUUAAUACUGCAUUUAAAACGGUUUCAAAUGUGUUAUUCAACUACACGUAAAAUGACAAGAGAUGUAUCAUUUCCUUGGGUUUUGGAUAUUGCUCCUUAUUGCUCUGUUAAAUGUCAAAACAAGUUAAGCCCUGGUCAAAACCGAAUAUUGUACUCUCUUUAUGGUGUAGUUGAACAUAAUGGUUUUUUGCAUAGUGGUCAUUAUCUUUCAUACGUAAAAGUCAGGGAUUCAGUUAAAGAUGAUAGCUACAGAUAUUCAUUUUUAGAAGGCAGUAAAACCAAACCACCUAAAAUUAUUGACAGCAACGAUGAUGCUUCACAUUUAGUUCCGAGUGGUACUUGGUAUUGUGUCAGUGAUAGUAUGGUUAGACAAGUAACACCAAAUGUUGUUCAAAAUUGUCAAGCUUACUUAUUGUUUUAUGAACGAAUUUUAUAAUUUUGUGUGUGUGUAUAUAUAAUAUAUAUAUAUAUAUAUAUAU